AUGCCAUCCCCUGAAGUGACGGGUGGCUCGCUGCCCUCAGAGCAACCAUUUGGAGACCCUCCGUUGGCUGCCCAGAACAGCUCUGGCGCGUCAGACACGGGGGAGCAAGGUGCAGACAGCAUCGAUUUGGGGACAAAUCAAUCAACGAAUGGCCACACAUCAGACACAAUUGCAGAGGGAAAGCAGAGCGCAAAAGCUAUGCUUGCUGCUUCCGGGGUAUCGGCCUCAUCAGAACACGGCAGUGAGGUUUCCAACGGUACACCUCGCUCAAAUGGCACGAACGGUUCCGCAAGAAAGCGCUCUCACGAUGGAUCCACCGUGCAACCUACCGAGGUCAGCGGUGCCAUUGCCGUACGCGCUCGCGAAACACCACUAGAUAAGGUUCUUUUGUCGCAGUACGUUGAUCGCGAAUUUCAAUACUCGGCCGCGGCUGCCUGGCACAAUCCGAGCCAAGAAUUACAAAAGAACAAGCGAGCGGAACGUGAUUACUAUCUAGCAGUACGACGCGAAAAUCAGCUAAACCCAGCUGCAUUGUAUGGAGUGGGCUAUGAAGGGUUCGGAAAUCCUCGUACCGACCUUCGCAACCAACACCCUCAACUUCUCUACCCAACUCAUCGACGCCGACCAGGUAACCGAAAGACACGAGAAUUGCGCGUUUCACGACGUGACGCAAAAAUGCAGAGCGAACAGAUGGAGGAUCUGGUCCCCAUUCGCUUGGACAUUGAUUGGGAAAAGGUCAAGAUUCGCGAUACUUUCACAUGGAACCUCCAUGAUCGUGUUGUUUCUCCAGAUCUCUUCGCGGAGAAGCUAGUUGAAGACCUGGGUCUUGCUCUAGAGAGCUCGGUCCCUUUGACACGCAUGAUCUCCCAGAGCAUCCAAGAGCAGGUGAUUGACUAUUACCCGCAUCUCAACAUACACGAAGACGCUCUUGACCCCCAGUUACCCUAUACCGCGUACAAAAAUGACGAAAUGCGCAUUUCGGUCAAACUCAACAUCACCAUUGGUCAACACACCCUCAUUGACCAGUUCGAGUGGGAUAUUAACGACCCCAACAAUUCUCCUGAGGAGUUUGCCUUAUGUAUGACAGACGAUUUGUCUCUCUCCGGCGAAUUUACUACUGCCAUCGCCCACUCAAUUCGCGAGCAGUCUCAACUUUUCACCAAAUCCUUGUACAUUGUGGCGCAUCCAUUCGACGGUCGUCCAAUCGAGGAUCCAGACCUUCACGCCUCAUUCCUUCCCACCCCUGUGGCUUCCGCCUUCCGACCAUAUCAAUCCGCCAAGGAGCAUACGCCUUAUCUUUACGAACUCAACGAGGCUGAUCUUGAACGUACCGAAAUCUCAAUAUCGCGUGAGCAACGUCGCCAGAAACGAUCAAUCAACCGUCGUGGUGGCCCCGCUUUACCAGAUCUCAAGGACCGCCAACGUACUAUCCGUACCAUGAUUGUUUCAUCUGUGAUACCUAAUUCCGUGGGCUCCAUGGAGGAGAGCAAUGUGAUCAAGCGUACCGGUUCCAGUCGCCGUCGUGGAAUGACUGGAAACCGGGGAGAUGAUGAUUCUGACGAGUUUGACAGCGAUGACUCCUCUGUUGGCUCUCCUGCAAUUGGACCCAACCUCGCACAGGGUACUGCUCGUACAAGAGGCAUGAGAGGCGCAGCAUCCGCAGCUCAUGCAGCCCUUCGGGCCAGUCUGGGACAAUCUGCGACUCCUGAACCAGUAUAUCACGAGCCCCGCGUUUCUGCCCGAAGACAACAAUACCGAGAGGAGAGUGUAGAUGACUCGGAUAAGUUGAUAGUGAGACUGAAGAUUCCGCGUGACAAGCUGGUCGAAUUGAGAAACGGCAGGCGUGUCGUCUCCGCCCAAUCCACCGCAGCACAGGCAUCCCGCACGAUGGCACCUCCGUCCGAUAAGCAAUCCCGGAUUCAUCCACCAGCGCGUCCCCAACAAACCGGUGCUGUUGAUGCACCGAAUCCCCCGCAACCUGGUGUCCCUGGACCCCCACCACCCAAUUGGCUUGCAGCUGGUCUCGGCAAGCUCAAACAAUCUCACCCCAAUGAUUCCUUCGAAGGUGUGAUGCGUUAUUCUGCCGUUGAUACAGAAACCCUGGCUCCCGUUGCCAAUCCCAACAAUCUCCAAGCCGGCCAAAACAUCAAAUAUCAAUAUCUCCCCCGUAUCCGUUGCCAUGAUUGCCCCGGAAAGCUGUAUACCCCCGGUCCAGGCAUGACGGUUGACAACUUCGAAGUCCAUCUCCGCAACCGACAACACAAAGAACGGGUCGAAGAACGGCUCACGAAAACCGGUGGCGAUGGAAGCGCAAGUGCCAGCCCAGCCCCUGGAGCUGGUACUCCGGCACGCGCAAGCCCAGCCCUCGGGGCUACUUCAACACACGCCUCUCCCUCUCCUGCCACUGGACCUCAGCCAUAG